AUCGACGCGCGAGGGCCAGAGACGUUCCUCCCUGACGCGGCGCGUGCUGUCCUCCCUUGUGAUGUGACACCUGGCAGCGGUCGGUGCGGCGUGACAGCGAGAGCCGAAAACGAGAGAGAGAGAGAGAGAGAGAGAGAAAGAGAGAAAAAGGGAAGAUGCGGCCGAGCGCGGUUGACCUGGGGCGCGUUUGCCUGUCGCUCCUGCUGCUGGUGGCCACGGCGAGCGCGAGGAUCCACAAGCUGGAUAUACGGAAAGACGGCAGGCAUUACAUCACCCUGAGCACGUUUGGCUUCUACAAGGGCGGCAUUCUGACCGUGAAUCUCACGAACUUCAAGUUUGAACCGGCGAAUGCCGAGAAAAAGCUGACACCGGAAAGCGCGAGCAAGGCCGUGUUCGGAUUUAGCUUGGGUCGAACGCUCAUCGAUGCCAUUAAUCCGUACGUGCACAAUCAUCUGGACGGAUGCUUGCUGCAAAAUAUUUCGAAUCUCAAGGCAGAGCAGAAGGAUGACAGCUCGAUCAUAUAUUUUACCAUGGACUUGAAGAACUUAACGAUGCAAGUGAACUGCAGUAGCAACGUGCACGCGGCGCACAUCUACAGGGAUCUCAGUGCGGUGUUAAUGUAUCGUACAAAGAGGAACUCGCUGUCGGCGAGGCUCAGCGAUACCGCGCUCUUCCCACGGAGAAAACGGAACACGUCGCACGUGAUCGAGAAGACCGUCGUUCGCGGCAAUGACCCGAGGCGCGGGUCGGACAGCAGCAACGCGUGCUCCCGUCUGAGAUUACCGAUCACGAUGGAGACUACGCCCAAGGGCGAGCGAUCGUACAACACGAGCCUCGUCAUGUACGUCGCUAGCGAGGAGGAGGAGGGCCUGUACAACCUCUACUUUCACAAUUGUCAGAAUUACGAUAAUAACAAGGAACCGCUGCUCGUGGAUUUUACGGUGGAAAUAGCGGAGAUUAAUAACGACAACUUUCUGAGCGCCGGCGAAAUGCCAUUGCCGGCUCUGUACUUCACAAUGGCGUUACUCUUCUUCUUGUCCGGCUGCUUCUGGGUGUUUAUUCUUAAUAAAAGCAAGCAUUCUGUAUUCAAAAUCCACUACUUAAUGGCUGUUUUGGUGUACCUGAAGUCUUUCUCAUUGCUGUUCCACGGUAUAAAUUACCAUUUUAUCCAGACUAAGGGUGAACACGUUGAGGCGUGGGCAAUCUUAUAUUACAUUACCCAUCUUCUGAAAGGCGCCGUUCUCUUCAUCACUAUUGUGCUCAUUGGCACCGGAUGGAAUUUUAUAAAGCACGUUCUUUCGGAUAAGGAGAAGAAACUCUUUAUGCUGGUCAUACCAUUGCAAGUGUUGGCAAAUGUAGCUGAGAUAAUAAUCGAGGAGAGCGAUGUGGGCAAUUUACGUCGUGAAACAUCGCGAGACAUGUUCAUACUCGUCGAUUUGGUGUGCUGUGGCGCAAUCCUAUUUCCGGUGGUGUGGAGUAUUAGGCAUUUAGAGGAAGUCGCCCGUACGAACGAUAAAGCAGCGAUGAACUUGCGCAAGCUCGUGCUAUUUAAGCAUUUUUAUAUUAUGAUAGUCUUCUACAUAUACUUCACCCGCAUUAUAAUGUAUAUACUGAAGAUUACAGUGCGCUUUGACUACCAAUGGUUGGAUGAAACGUUCCGAGAGAUGGCAACCUAUGCAUUCUUCGUUUUGACAGGUUACAAAUUCCGACCAGCAUCCGCGACUACGUAUUUUACAGUACCAAGUGAUGAAGUAGAUCCGGAUGAUGAGGAUGACAAGACCGAUGUCGUCAUUUCUGGCGGUAAUGGAAUGAACAGGGACUUUAGUACAGUAAGCAAAAUGCCAAGGGCGGUGAGGUCCGCGACUUCAAAAGUUCCGUCUACUGAGGAGGAGCGGCACACUCUUUUCCAUAAGUCCUCUCGCGAAUAUGACUGAGGAUAAAUCGUGAUAAACCACAUUAUCUGACGAAUGCGUCGACGAUUUGCGAAUCUUCGAGGCUACAUUUUGGAUUGAAGGGAUGACGAUAGGCAAAAGUAAACUGAAUGUGGAGAGAGAGAGAGAGAGAGAGAGAGAGUGUGUGUGUGUGUGUGUGUGUGUAUUUUCUAUUUUUAAAUCUAUUUUAUAUUUCUCAGAAGAGGAAAAAGGAAAAAAAGGAAAAUUCUGCUUCGAACUCGCAAAUAAAUUAGAUUAUUAUAAUAUGAAUGAGACCUUUGAAUUUCUUACUCAACAGACACAUAUGCUUAACAUAGUGCUAUUCUUUAAUAUUUCAGUUAUCGUUAUAACAGUCAGACACACAUGUGAUUGUGUGCAGUUUAUAAAUGUAGUUAUAUCUGUCGGCCGUGCGUUUGCAAACACAGACAAUACUGUUGAAAAGUCACGAGUUUUAUUUGUAUUUAAAUAAUCUAGUAUAUAUCAGUGUGUUACAUACGUGAUGAAUAGCAGUAAAUGAAGUAUCGGAAUAAAUGAUAUAUCGGAAUGCUUUAUAUUUUAUCGAUUUAAUUUUAAUUAUGCAUUUCUUUAAAUUGGACUUUUUUAAUCCUCUUCUGCUUUUGUUGUCUACCAUUCAAUCCAACAUUAGUGAGAUAUUUUUUUAUCUUUUCUUUUUCUUUCUUAGUGAAAGACUUUACUUUAGCUAGAGGGUAACUGCUCAUUUUAACGUUCGCGAUAUUACGCAGUGUUACAGCUCUAAUGCGAGAUAUACAAGUGGUGAUAUGAGCGCUUUUUUGACGCGCUAUUUGUAGUCGGUUUUCUGUAGGCAUUUAGAGAAACAUUUCCAUAUUCUUUUAUUUCUCAUGAAACACGCGUGUUGAAUAUUUUCUUGGUUACGAGAAUCCCAUCUUGCGAACAAUACUUUUGUAUUGUUAUUCGUAAUCUUAUAUUUAGACGAGCGACCGAAUUAAAUGGUGCAAUAAACUAAUCUAAUAAUAUGUGUCCUCUCGCGGUAUUAUAUAAUAUUAUACUAGAAUUAAUGUAAUCGUCAGUGGCGGAUCUAUUGAUAUAGUAUUGAUAUGGUAAUACAAAAAGUUUUAUGAAAAGUAUCAAAGAACUUGUGGCAUACAGAAAUGUGUCAAAACAUGUAGCUCGAAAUCAUGAUUCUAAAUUUUAAUAAACUAUUAUUUUAAAUUUUAAUAAAAUUUUAAUUUCAAUUUUUUAAUAAUAUUAAAUUUUGUCUCUAUCCGAAGACCUCAAUUCAUAAUUCGAAUUUUAAGCUAGAGUGAUAAUUUUCGCAAUCAAUUUUUUGUAGCGUUUUGAAGUCUUUUUAAUACAACACACAUUAUUCAAAAAUUCUAAAAAUGUUUUUAUACAUCUUUUAAAUGUCUUAUGGAUGUUUUUAGAAGAUCUGUGGUAAUUGGAUUAGUUUUAUUAUUAAAUUAUUUUUGAACU